AUGAAGGUAGCUUGGCAACGAUUGAUCCGAUUCGUCUCAACUGACGGGCGUGUUUUGCGCGGAGAGCCCAUCCUCCCAACCCCCGACUUUGAUCUUGGAGAUACCACUGAAGAGACGAAACUUCAGGCGCGUGUCAUUGAGGGAGAUGACCUUUACGAUACAACUGGUGCCACUCGUGUUACAGAUGAAUUGGUCACAGUUAAGACUUUGUUAGGACCUCUUGUUGCUAGCGACGUAUCAAUUCUCAGAUGCGUGGGACUCAAUUAUGCUACACACAUUCGUGAGGCUGGACGCAAGCAACCGCCUUUUCCGUCCAUUUUCUUCAAGCCUUCAACAACAAUACAUGAUCAUGGAGUCAACGUGGUGAUCCCCAAAGUCGCCCAGGAUGACCAAGCAGACUACGAAGGAGAACUGGUCGUGGUUAUUGGGAAGGAUGCCAAGAACGUCAAGGAGAGUGAGGCCCUUGACUACGUCGCCGCUUACACAGCAGGCAAUGACAUCUCCUCUCGAAAAUGGCAGAGAGAUCCAAAUCUCGCAGGCGGAGUCCCGCAAUGGGGAUUCUCCAAGGGUUUCGACACCUUUGCGCCUCUAGGUCCCGCCCUGGUUUCAAGCUCUGUGAUAACAGCGCCCGAGAAACUCCAUCUACAGACUAUUGUGGACAAGGAAACCCGACAAGAUGCAGGACUGGAUGACCUCGUCUUUUCCAUUCCACGACUAAUUGCGCAUCUAUCCUCUGGAACUACACUGCAGAAAGGAAGUGUUAUCAUGACGGGCACUCCAGGAGGUGUUGGUGCUGGAUUGAAGCCGCCGAAGUACCUUGUACCUGGAACUCGGAUGGAGGUCAAGAUUACUCAGAUUGGUACUCUCAAGAACGGCGUUGAUUUUGAGUAG